GAGCGCAGAUGUCAAGUAAGUAAAAGGAGAACUCCAGUGAACAUUUACCCAAAAGACUACUACUUGUACCAAAAACACCCAAAGUACAAGAAGCGCAUCACGGAGCAUAACAACCGAACCGUGCCAAGGUAUCCUGGGGGAAGUCGUUAUCGCGCGAUCUGGACCACGCUGUUCGUACGCGCCGACACACAUCUAAGCCAUUGGGAAGACCCUGUAACGAAGCACACUCUCUCUAAUGACGUUCCGCGAUACUUCGGACCCGUCAUGCUACAUGUGUAAUAAUACAACAACACUGAGUGAAGAUUUUCAUAGCUUAAUAGUCCCCCGCCCACGCUUAAGAAUAUCCUGAGUAUUCGCCAUGCUCUUCCGAAAUUGACGCCUGUAUACUACAUUGAUUGUUCCUCUAUUGUUGGAUUUACAAAUUACGCAUUCAUCACAUAUUUUCUCGGUCUUCCCAACAAGUGUAAAAUUUGUAUACCUAUACCUUCUUUUGAAAAAUAAAUAUUGUUGGGUACUAUAACGAGUACGAGGUCGAAAAUUGAUCGUCUCGUAAACAUGGUUGGACAUGGUGAAUCAUUUAACAAGAAUGAGUUUUACAAAUACCUGAAUUGGAA